UUCCUCGGGCCAUUUUGCUGUGGCGCGACAGAGAGGAGAAGCUGUCGAGGGGACCCAGGGCUCGGAGCCGCGAUCCCGAGCGGGCGGCGGCCGCACGGACUCCGUCUUUCCGCGGUCGCGGGGAUCUCGAGGGGCGAGGCGAUCGCCGGGAGGGGGACCGGAGAGCCGCGCCCGCCGCGCGGGGCGCCCCUUCCCGCCCCCUGCACCAUGAGCUGGGGCACUGAGCUCUGGGAUCAGUUUGACAACUUAGAAAAACACACACAGUGGGGAAUCGACGUUCUUGAGAAAUACAUCAAGUUUGUAAAGGAAAGAACUGAGAUCGAGCUCAGCUAUGCAAAGCAACUCAGGAAUCUUUCGAAGAAAUACCAACCUAAGAAGAACUCGAAGGAGGAGGAGGAAUACAGGUACACGUCGUGCAAGGCCUUUCUUUCCACCCUGAACGAGAUGAACGACUACGCGGGGCAGCACGAGGUCAUCUCGGAGAACAUGACGUCGCAGAUCACCACCGACCUGGCGCGCUUCGUGCAGGAGCUGAAGCAGGAGAGGAAAUCGAACUUUCAUGAUGGCCGGAAAGCGCAGCAGCACAUGGAGACCUGCUGGAAGCAGCUUGAAUCCAGCAAGCGGCGGUUCGAGCGGGACUGCAAGGAGGCGGACCGGGCGCAGCAGUACUUCGAGAAGAUGGAUGCGGACAUCAACGUGACCAAGGCCGACGUGGAGAAGGCGCGGCAGCAAGCUCAGAUACGUCACCAGAUGGCAGAGGACAGCAAGGCAGACUACUCGUCGAGCCUUCAGAAGUUCAACCAGGAGCAGCACGAGUACUACCACACCCACAUCCCCAGCAUCUUCCAGAAAAUCCAAGAGAUGGAGGAAAGGCGGAUCGUGAGGAUCGGGGAGUCCAUGAAGACAUACGCCGAGGUGGACCGGCAGGUGAUCCCCAUCAUCGGCAAGUGCUUGGACGGGAUAGUGAAGGCGGCCGAGGCCAUCAACCAGAAGAACGAUUCACAGCUGGUAAUAGAAGCUUAUAAGUCGGGUUUUGAGCCCCCCGGAGACAUUGAAUUUGAGGACUACACGCAGCCCAUGAAACGCACCGUGUCCGACAACAGCCUCUCGAAUUCCAGAGGAGAUGGCAAGCCCGAGCUCAAAUUUGGCGGCAAAUCCAAAGGAAAGCUAUGGCCGUUCAUCAAGAAAAAUAAGGGCGCCACCCCCGAGGACUUCAGCAACCUCCCCCCUGAACAAAGAAGGAAAAAGCUCCAACAGAAAGUCGAUGAACUAAAUAAAGAAAUUCAAAAGGAGAUGGAUCAAAGAGACGCUAUAACCAAAAUGAAAGACGUCUACCUGAAGAACCCGCAGAUGGGAGACCCGGCCAGUCUGGAUCACAAACUGACAGAAGUCAGCCAAAACAUAGAGAAGCUGAGACUAGAGGCCCAGAAAUUUGAGGCCUGGCUGGCAGAGGUGGAAGGCCGGCUCCCCGCGCGAGGCGAGCAGGCGCGGCGGCAGAGCGGGAUGUACAACGGCCAGGGCACCCCGACGGCCAACAGCUGCGUGCAGGACCGCGAGAGCAGCCCCGAUGGCAGUUACACGGAGGAGCGAAGCCAGGAGAACGAGGUGAAGGUGCUGGCCACCGACUUCGACGACGAGUUUGAUGACGAGGAGCCCCUGCCCGCCAUAGGCACCUGCAAGGCCCUCUACACCUUUGAAGGUCAGAAUGAAGGAACCAUUUCCGUAAUUGAAGGAGAAAUCCUGUACGUCAUAGAGGAAGACAAGGGCGAUGGGUGGACCCGCAUCCGGAGGAACGAGGACGAAGAGGGCUAUGUCCCCACCUCAUACGUCGAAGUCUAUUUGGACAAAAAUGCCAAAGAUUCCUAAAGUGGCGUUCCAGUACCAACCGCGGCGAGCCUCCCAGGAGCCCCCCCGUGGCCGGGCGCUUGUCUCCGCAGGCCUCCCGCGCUGCUGCCCGCUGCCCGGCCUGCUGGGGGCCGCCCUCCCGCCCACCUGCUGCCCUGUCCCCGCCACCCUGCCUGCCUCUCCUGUCCUUCCUACAGCAUGCUACUGUGGCUCAGCCAGCCCUGAGGCCCACGCUGGUGGCCUGGAGGGGACAGGUGUCCCCAACCGCACAGCAGGGGUCAUCCUCAUCCCCCCAGUCCCCACGUGCCCAGGCCAGAAGGUGGCAGCAUGCUGCCCACCUCGCCCCUCCCCUCUGUCCAGGGCCCCAGUCCACCCAUGGUGCCCUGGCCUCCUCGUCAUUUCACACUGUGCCUUUUUGUGAAAACUUCGCCACUGGUCUCCUGGGGCGAGUAACAGAAUCUGAACAAGGAGGACAGGGCAGUCGCAGGGUGGGCUGAGCACCACGUGUCACCCACGCGUCCCCUGGUGUCUUACAUUAGCAGAUGCUUCCUCUCCCAGAGGUGCCUUCCUGAUUGUGGGCUGGCACCUCGUGCUCCACAUGGACCCUGCCCACAAUUCCUGGACCCUCCGGUCGGACUUGGAUGUCCCCCACUCCAGCCACACACACACACUUCAGUUUGGUGCCCUGUCUGCAGAGGCUAGGAAGGUCCACACUGAAAGCCCACCCCAGCUCGUCCUACCCAUGUUCACCUUAGAUAAGGGGCAUCCUGGUUCACCCCUCCUGGUCAUCUUCCUAUCCAUGAUGACUACAGACCACGCGUGGCACUUGGUGGCCGGGUGACUCUCCUUUUGGUAGCUCAUUAUUGCAAAGUGAAACUUCCUUUUCUUCCCAUGAAUCCCAAGAGUAGCACUGUAGGACUUGAGUGCAUUCAUCACCAAAGACCUGGUGCCUCUCGUGGUCCUUUGGGGACCCUGUGGCCGCCGCUUCUGCCCUUGUCCAUGAGCUCUGCCGGCCAUUGGCAGCCACUGCACUUGCCCUUGGACCUGUUUCCUCCCUCCCCUUUCGGAUCUCAGGGGGGAAACCGUGGUCACCUAACCUGUGGCCACUCAGGCCUUAGCAGCACAGCUUCUCCUCUUCCUUGGUGCGGAACAAGUCCUGCCGUGUCUCCCGCCGAGGGCAAGGGCCGCGCUCUAGUGUCCUGUAUGGUUGGUACACGGGGCUCACCUGGGGCACCACAGUUCUUGGUGUUCGUGACAAGGGAGCCUAGCAAGAGCCACAGGGACAGGGAUGGAAAGGACAGGUCCUCGGAGUCAGGCCUGUCUGCUGGUGAUUUGUUCCUUGGAAACCAGGAGAUGACUCCCUGGGCAGACCAGGGGUGACCGCGGACCAGCCUCAGCAGCUCCGUCCCCCUGGCGACUGGAGACCGCAGCAAGGAGAGGCCCGCAAGAGCAGCCCCAGGAAGCAGCGUCAGGGUCAAGUGGAGGGGGAGCAGGAGCCCUGGCUCGCUGUUCCCCAAAACUGAGGCUGAGCCCAGGGCCGGGGACCUGGAGCAUGGCCUCCACUCUCAGGGUGGGCAGCCCAAUCAGCCCACGCCUGGGGGCGCGGGAGGGUGGCUUGACCGCAGGUGAGCGCUGUCAGGGCCCAGCCCCGGCUGCAGACCAGCCCUCGCCCAGCAGCCCCACCCCCGCCGUUGCAUGGCGGGCGGCACCUCUGGGACUCCUGGACUUUGCCGAGUCUGGCUGACCACUGACCAUUCCACAAGGAUGCUAAUUUUUUUUAAUCUGAUUUUAGAGCCUCCGUAAUGCAUGUGCGUGUGCCGUUUCACAUCGCGGUCGAGGUAGAUUCGUUUCUUGCAACGUAGGGGGUGAAGUGUCACCGUGGUUCUUUGUUCCUUUAAUGUCGAGACCCAGUACAGGAUGUGCUCGUGCGCUCUGUGGCCUGUCUGUACCACCCGUGCCCCCAAAGACUGGAGAAUGAGCACUUUCCAAUGCCGUCCCCCGGGGCUGCCUCCUUGCCGUAGGUGCCAACGGGCUUGGGAUUCUGUGAUGCUGAGGUCCUACCGUCUACUCUGGGAAUCCCACUGCGAAAGCAUCCCUGAGACCUUGGGGCAGCUCCCAUGGAGGAGAGAUGUGGGUGCUCCGCCCUCCUCCCUGGCACCUGCUGCCCGUCGUUGCUAGAAUACAGUGUGGUAAGGUAAAAAUGGAUCGUUUUUAUCAAACUUGCUCUGAAAAUGACCUAAAGACAAAGGGAAAGAGAGGAACUUGUCAUUUACCCAGGUUUUUCCUUUGCAGGACGGGGGCGAGGUGGGGGGAGGCGUGGGAAAACAUGCAGGGAUCUUCCUCUGGGUCUGUCCUGCUCAGCCUCGGGCUCAGCCACCGCGUGACCCAUACAGCACAGGGGCCGCUGAUGCUUUUCCGCAACAUCUGUCAUCAGAAAGUUCACACAACAUAAAAUGUUACGAUAAUGCAAGGAUUUUUCCAGAAA